UUUACCUCUUUCAUCUUGCUUGGUCAUUCGUGUCAUUUGACUGUGACAACUUUUGCAAUAGGAUUAAUUUCUAAUAGUGUAAAAUUAAACUAUAUUUAGAAUAUAUUUGUGAAAAUAUUGAGUCAAUUUUAUCUCUCUAUAUUUAUCUGUGUUCAAAUUCAAGUGUAUCGUACUUGUUGUGUAUACUCCAAAGUGAGCCGUGUACGUGCGCGUGUAACAGAAUUUUUUGUCUCCAAAAAGUAUUACGCGAGUAAGAGUAAAAAGCUGAAAUUAACUCAAUAUGAAAAUACAAUCUUUAAAUCGUGAAUUAAUUCAUACAUCAAUAAAGAGGAGUCUUGAAUUCUUAGCAGUUGCAGCAUGGUUUAUCGCGGCAAUUUUUGCUGGGCCAUUCUGUUAUGGUCUUACAGUAUUUAUUUUUUUGGGUGGUUUUCCAUGGAUAAAUAUUUUAAUCGUAGCUUAUUUAGCUUUUCUAUAUUACGAUAGAAACGUGCAUUGGACAGGUGGUCGAAGUGAACGCAUAACAUCAUGGUUUAAAAAUCUUAUUUGGUGGCGUUAUUUCUGUAAUUAUUUUCCAAUAAAGUUAAUCAAAACUGCCGAUCUCGAUCCAUCGAGAAAUUAUUUAUUAUGCUCAUUUCCUCAUGGAAUACUUGCAACCGGAGUUACCGGAGCAUUGGGAACUAAUGGUGCUGGCUGUUCGAAGAUUUUUCCUGGUUUAAAUUUUAGCAUUCUCACAUUGAAUCAACAUUUCUUUGUACCAAUAUUUAGAGAAUACGUUCUUGCUUUUGGCACGUGCAGUUGUGAUGAAAAAAGUAUUGAUAAUCUUUUAUCAACGAACAGUAAAAAAACUGAAACUGGUAAAGUAGAAAAAGGACGCGCAGUAGUUUUAAUUGUUGGUGGAGCAUCAGAAGCUUUUGAAAGUAGACCAAACACAUAUAAAAUUCUUCUGAAGCGUAGAAAAGGAUUUAUCCGAGUGGCAUUAAAAAAUGGUGCUCCUCUUGUGCCGGUAUUCUCUUUUGGAGAAACAGAUAUUUAUGAUCAAGUUAAUAAUCCGGAAGGUUCACUUUUAAGAAAAUUUCAGGAAUAUGUUAAAAAAAAAGUUGGUAUCGCACCCAUCAUACCUAUUGGUAGAGGAUUUUUUCAAUAUUCAUUUGGGUUUGUUCCAAAAAGGAAACCAAUAUUCGUAGUAGUUGGUCGACCAAUUGAGACUCCUAAAAUCGAACAUCCAACACAAGAAGAAAUUAACGAAUACCAUGCGAAAUUUACGGAAGAACUCAUUAAUUUAUUUGAAACUCACAAAAAUAAGUAUUUGAACAAUGCUGAAAACAUUUCUUUGGUUUUGUGUGAUUAAUUCAAAUAGAGUCGGCAAAAUUUGAAAUUUGUUUCAUUUUUUACUUUUUUCAUUAUAAAUGAAUAGUUUGAAAAUGAAAUUUGGUAUAUGGUACUUAAGGAGAUCUGUACUCCACAUUUUUUACCGACAGAGUCGAAAAAUUGUUUAUUUUGUAUCGAUAAUUUAAGUUGAAGUUAAGUCUUAAUUAUUAAAUUUACUCUAUAAUUUAUAAU